AAUAUGAGUACUGAGGGACCUGUUGUUAAUGUGCACGUGUUGUUCUUUGCUAAAUCCCGAGAGUUAGCCAAUACUCCCCGAUCAAAAGUGGAUGUGCCUGUUGAAAUUAUUGCCUCCGAUUUACUGGACCAACUGGUAUCCAGAUUUGGCCUAACAUCCAUUCAGAACAGCCUGAUUUUGGCCCACAACGAAUCGUACAUUGAGAACCUGAGUGAUAAGAUUCUGCUUAAAGAGGGAGACGAACUGGCCAUCAUUCCGCCACUCAGUGGAGGAUAA